CAAUGAAUGACAUCGACAUUUCAUUGAAUUGAAGAGUUGCUGCUGCAAGUCAAUGAUGAAGUAAUUAUACGGAUAGCUUACUUAAUACCACUCAACUGAACACUGUGUUCAUUCAAUGUUGAUACGGGCCUGAUGUGUUUAUUUUUGCGUGCUCAGUUCAUACAUGGAACAUAGUUGCUGAUAAAUGAUUUUGUGCAAAAAAAAAGUGAAUCUUCACUUCAACUUGUGAUUUCGGAGGAAAAAUAAUGUUUUUAUCGCAGUGAUAUUGGACCAGUUGAGAACAACAAGAAUUUCGAAUUGACUUUACUUACCAUUUCGUUACAAUGUGGGAACAAAACGGCCACACGUUACCCGGAGUGAAUCUCGACAAAUUAUCCGUUGAUCAAGCCUUUCUAAACAUAUCUUCGCAUCUAUCCCAUCGACUAUGGAUGUACUCACUAUCGGAAGACUGUGUCAGAUGUCCGUUCACGCGAAGUCGUGACAUCGCACCACACAGUCACGCUUUGAUGAAAUUCGACGCAGCUAGACAGGUUGCUUGGAAGUUUUUUGAUAAAGACCUGGGACCGUAUGCCUUCAAUAAUGUGACAUCGUUUUGCUCAAUUAUUCCGAACGAUGUUGGAAUGUUCGGGGUCUAUAACAUAGACAUCACCGACGAGAACUGCAAUUAUGAAGUGACAUUGCAGCCGGUUAAUGUGUACUUGUCUCUACUCUACGCCCUAUUGAUCUUAGCUUUUGCCCUUUUAAUCAUCUACGGUAGUAAUCGUUAUUACACGCGCAAUCAGAGAUCCAGGCAGACAACUUCGCCGGAAACAAAUCCAGAAUCGGAUGAGGAAAAACCGAAAACGGCAAAGCCGAGACUUCGUAGUCUGGACACGUUUAGAGGAGCAGCGAUUGUUCUGAUGAUCUUUGUGAAUAGUGGCGGUGGACAUUAUUGGUGGAUGGAGCAUUCAACCUGGAAUGGACUGCACGUAGCUGAUCUGGUAUUUCCAUGGUUCCUAUGGAUAAUGGGCGUCUGCAUUCCCAUUUCGAUUAAAUCGCAGAUUGCAAGGAAUACGAACAAGAAGGAAAUUAUUUUGACUAUCUUUGUCCGUUCCAUCAAGCUGUUUCUAAUCGGACUAUGUUUGAACACAGCGAAAGGUCCUCAUAUUGAAGAGAUUCGUAUCAUGGGCGUGUUGCAGCGGUUUGGCAUCGCCUAUUUUGUUGUGGCAACGAUACACGUCCUAUGCUUGAGACCAAUGACUUUGCCAAAUGGAAAAUUGAAACGCGCUCUGUACGACAUUUACCUGCUCACAUUUCAAUGGAUAGCAAUUUCAUGCAUAACCUGCAUUCACCUAGUAUUGGUGUUCGGCCUGGAUGUUCCCGGAUGUCCGAGGGGCUACCUCGGUCCUGGUGGCAAACAAGACUCAGCAAAGCAUACACAUUGCAUUGGAGGAGCGACAGGUUAUAUUGAUCGGAUGAUUUUAGGGGAGAAGCACAUUUAUCAACGUCCAACAGCGCGUUCUACGUACGAUGCGACUCCAUUUGAUCCAGAAGGACUUUUCGGCUGUUUGACCACUUUUUUGCAAGUUUUCAUUGGACUUCAGUGCGGCACAACAUUAAUGGUGUUCACCGAAUGGAAGGCACGAUGCCGCAGAUUUUUGCUGUGGAGUCUCGUGUUGGGACUACUAAGCGGAAUUUUGUGUGGAUUUUCGCAGGACGAUGGCAUCAUUCCGAUUAACAAGAAUCUCUGGUCGCUGUCGUUUGUGUUCGGAACGUCUUCGUUGGCCUUUGUUCUGCUCACCAUUUUUUACAUUGUCAUUGAUGUGAGGAACUUAUGGUCGGGUACGCCGUUAGUGUAUGCUGGAAUGAAUGCGAUUAUUAUGUACGUCGGCCACGAAGUGUUUCACCAUAUGCUACCGUGGCAUUGGCGUAUUGGUCCAAUGAAUACACAUUUUGUUUUGUUGCUGGAGAAUAUGUGGAAUGCGUCGUUAUGGGUGGUUAUUGCCUAUGUUUUGUAUUGCAAAAAGAUUUUCGUCAGCGUUUGAGUACUAAUUGCCAGCCAGUUUGGAUGAUUUUAUGUGAUGCAAUUUGUACAUUGACUUUAUGACGAUCGUAUCUCUAUCGUUUUGUUCUGAAGACGCUAAAUUCUGUUUUAUUAAAAAUUUAUUAAUCGAUUA